AUGUUUCGAAUUAUUGCUAGAAACGGCCGAGAUCGUUAUUACUACGCAGAUCCCGAGCAGCCGACUCAGGGUAACACAAAGAUAACCACAUACUUACCCGAAGAGAACAAGCGAAAAAUCCCACUCUGGGCCAUCCUUGCUGUCGCUAUCGGUCUGCCAAUACUCCUCGUCGUAUGUCUUUUCGGAGCUGUUUGGCUGCAAGAGCUGGGUAUACUGUGA